GGUGCCGGAUGAGGCCGCCCUUCUCCUUCCGGGGCGCCCGCUAUGGUCGCCGGGUUGGGGCGGAGGCAAGAUGGCAGCGGGGUGGCUGUGCCGGCGGCUGUGCCAGGGAUCAGCUUUUCCUGUCAGUUAUGCAAGCAGAAUUAUGCAAAAGCAGUGUUUUCUUCUAAACUCCAGCUUGGGAGCACGACUGGCUGGAUCCCAUGUUGAUACACAGGAGCCUAAGACUAAUCCUUUGGUAUCUAUUUCGGAUGAGCCAGAAAUACUGUACAAGAGAUUAUCCCUUCUAGUUAAAGGCCACGAUAGAGCUGUGUUGGACAGCUAUGAAUAUUUUGCAGUGCUUGCAGCUAAAGAACUUGGCAUCUCUAUUGAAAAAGUAUAUAACCCUCCAAAGAAGAUAGAACGACUGACACUCUUAAAAUCCGUACAUAUUUACAAGAAGCACAGAGUUCAGUAUGAAAUGAGAACACAUUACCUGUGUUUGGAGUUAAAAUACAUAACGGGCAGUACUGCUGCAGUUUACUUGGAGUAUGUGCAACGAAACUUACCCGAAGGGGUGGCCAUGGAAGUAAAAAAGACUAAGAUAGAGAAAGUACCAGAACACAUUAAGGAACCAGUUUGGGAUACAGCACCUCAAGUAGAAGAAACUCAAGUCAAGUCAUGAACUUACCAGGUUAGAAGGAAGGACACAGCUGCAGGAAUCUGCUCCAGUAUUAAGGGAGUGCUCGGAUCUGACUGCUAUUAAAAGAAUUUACGGAAGGAAUAGCCAACUGGGUCACAGGACAAGCCAACUAGAGAGGCUGGAUCGUUCUUCCCGAGCACUCAAAGCUCUAUGCAGUCACAAAAGCAAAGAAGUCCAGUGUUGUUAUCAGAUAGAAAUGGACAUUCUUAAUGGGAAACAGCUGGAAGACAAGAAACCAGGCUUGUGCUUGAAGAUUAUCUGCAUUUUCUAGCUGUAGAGAGACCCAAAGCUGUUCCAGAAGAAAUACUUCAUGACAGUCAACAGUCAAUGUUGCUGGUAUCACUCGUGAUAGAGAGGAAGCUGAUAGAGCAUACAGCUUCGUUGUAUGUUGGGAAAAGCCAGUGUGCUUUCAGAGCGAUCUCUGGACCUUAACUCUGUUUUCAGAGCUGUAGCUAACUGCCAUCACAGGGCAUCUCCACCCUGAGAAAGCAGAAUGCCCUGUGCAGCAUCUGGUGUUACAGACCCGUGUUGACUAACAGUGCCAUCUACUAACCCCACUAGGCCACACUUCUCAUCCAUAUGUUUCCCUGUAUGAAACUUCCUCCCUUUUAAGAUUGUGAUCCUUCCCUGCAUCCUCCAUCUUCCCCUUCACAUUUAGGUGUUUCCUAAAGCAUAGCAACAUCUUUGUCUUUAUCUCUACUUAUGCAUUUGCAUAACACUGUAACCGUGCAAUACACUCUGAUCAUCUUUUGCUGUCCACUAAUGUGGCUUCUGACUUUCACAGUAUGGUUAUGAUCCUCAUUUACAAAACUUUGGAUAAACUAUUUUCAUUCUUCUUUU